UUUCUUUUCAGAUCGUUUGUUCUUAACAAAAAUAUAAUUGCUCAAGUUUUUAAGUAAUAAUUAUUGCGUUACUUUGAUAUUUCAUCGCCAUGAGUAAACGUAUACGGUCAGUAAAUUGUUGUUAAUCCAUUCAAUGAGUCACAUAAAAAAGGAGUUAAAGAUUUAAGAAAAUUUCCCGACGAAGAUCGUUGGAAAUUUCCUGACUUAGAUGACACUUCAAUGUUAUGUGUGCGUUGUCGAUUCCGUGUCAAAGAAUAUAUUCCGCCGGCAUCAGAGGAAGAGGAAAUUAUUUCAAGUCAAAUUAGUGUUGAAAGUCUGAGUAUAUCAGCUGAAAUUUGUACUCAAGGAAGCAGUUUAUCUCGAACUGUCAGUAAUUUUAGCGACAAUCUAUGUGAUUACAAUGAUCAUUCUUUAAAGCGAUUUUUGAAAAUUCCUCUUAUUGAAAAAGACAGGUUAUAUUCUGAAAAAAAUUAUGGAGUUAAAAAAACUUGAUGAGAGCUAUACUGCCCUAGAGAAUAAGUUCCAAUCACAAUUUGGAAUAGUACCUGAAUCUACCUACAGAAAGAUUAAUCAAGAUCAUUGUUUCAUGAUAGCUAAAGUGAAGAAAUUAUAUAACGCUGAAAGUGACAAAUCAAUAAAAAAGAAGCUGCUUUCAAUUUUACCCGACAGUUGGGAAGUCAGUCGUAUAGCAUCUGAAUUUAACUGUUCUCGAAAAAUUGUACUGAAUCUUAAAAAUGAUAUCAGUGAAUCUGAGAAUGUUGAUUUAGACUCUGGUGAAAUGACUACUAAUACUUUGAAUCCCACAAAAGUUCCAGGCAAUCAGCUGCUUAAGUUAGAUGUAAAAAAACUUGUCAUUGAUUUUUAUGAAAGCGAAGAAAACUCAAAACAAUUAGCGGGCAUGAAAGAUUUUAAAUCUGUGAAGGAUUGUGAUGGAAAUCGAACUACACAUGUCGUAUGUGUUUGUACUAUUCAUCAAAAUGUAAAAUUGAUGUUAGAAGGAUGUAAUUUUCCAAAAUUUGCGAAAAACACUGACUGGGUUGUAGAAUCUCAGCCAAUUUACAAAAAUUUAUUAAAUAAAUUAGUUUGUAACAAUCCAAAAGAAUCGUGCUUUUCCAGAAUGUGCAAUAGUUGUCCAAAUAAUGAAGAAAUCGCUGAUUAUUUUCGUGUGUCGUUUAUGAAUCUGAUGUUAAUGAAAUCCAAUAUAAAAUGUGGACAUCAACAGACCGUUGUACUAUUGUGAAUGUUACUUCAGAUUCCGAAGACUUCAUCGAGACUUUAGUGACGCAACUUGAUAAGCUUUUGAAACAUGAUUUUAUUGCGAAAACACAAAGUCGAUUUUUUUCUGAUACAAAACUAAAUUUAAAGAGCGGGGAAUUCGCCGUAGUAUUUGACUUUGCGGAAAAUUAUGCAUUCGUUGUGCAGGAAGGAGCUCAAGGCUUUCAUUGGAAUAAUGAUCAAGCUACUAUAUUUCCAAUGGUGAUUUAUUAUAACGAAAAUGAUACUAUUAAGCAUUUGAGCUUUGUUGGUAUUUCAGAUUGUCUUAAGCACGACACAGUUUUAAUUUAUUUAUUUCAAGAGCAAUUGAUUGCCUUUCUUAAAAAGAAGUUUGCUGUCAUCAAUACGAUUUUUUACUUCUCUGAUGGAGCUCCACAACAAUUCAAAAACAAGAAAGCAUUUACAAACUUAUGUUAUCAUUAUGCUGACUUCGAAAUCAACGCUGAGUGGCAUUUUUUUGCAACUGCCCAUGGCAAAGGACCAUGCGAUGGUCUUGCGGGUUCAUUAAAACGAUAUGCUGCUAGAGCUUCAUUACAAAUGAACAAUAAAGAGCAUAUACUGAAACCACAAGAUUUGUUUUCCUGGGGAACGAAAAAUUUUACAAGCGUUGACUUUACUUUCAUAGCUAAUGACGAUUAUUUAAUAAAAAAAAAUGUGUUAGACGUACGAUAUUCUCAAUCGAAAACGGUGAAAGGUACACAGUCAUUAUACACUUUUGUGCCUUUAAAAGAUGAAAUUGGUUAUGCUUUCAUUAAAACUGUGUCCACAUUUCAAAAAAGUUCAAAAAUAAAAGUAUUUUAAUUAUAAUGAAUUUGCGUUUAAUUUAAUUGUGACGAAACAAAAAACAUGCACAUCGGCAAAACGCUAUAUUUUGUGUAAAAAACUCUCAGCUUUCAGAAAAAAAUUCAAAUUUGAAGAAU